AAAGGAAAGGGGUGGAGCGCCAGGCGCGCAGCCCCACGAGAAGCGGCGCGGAGGGACCGAGCGCGCAGUGAGAGAAACGGCCGGUCAAGUGGCCAUGAACCUGGUGGCGGAUCGGCGGAGAGCGAGGCCCGCGGAGCUGAGCAUGCACGAGCCGGAGCGCAAACGAGUGUGUAGAAGUUCAGAGACUAUUCCACAAGUGAUCAGCGCUUGCCACCCACCAAGCAAGUGUGCUAUGGAUUACUGGGAUAUGGAGCAGGAUUUGAAGCAGAAAGAUCCCGCUGAUUUCUUUAGUCCUCAGAUUAUGAAAGAAAAGCCAAAUUCCGUGAUAUUUCCGGAUAAUGAAACCAGAACUACAGCCCAGCCUUGCCCAAGAUGUAUUGCUGGAGAACCUGGACACUUUGGCCAUAUUAUGGGAUUUAUAGAAGAUCAAAGGACAUUGAUGCAGUGAUGCUCCAUAACAAUAUACAUAGGACCUGGUUUGAGAUUCCAGACUUUUUCGCACCCCACUACAUUCAUAAUUAUAUUAUUACAUUCAUACAGUUUAUCUUAGAUCUGGGGAAGAUAUUGCCUGAAAAAGCUUAAAAUCAAUCUUAUGAUUCCUUAGGUUAUAGUUGAGCUACUUGGUAGCAACAAUUGAACCUAGUAAAUGAUACUUCUUGAAAAUUCAGUCCAUACAUCCUCACUUUUCAACAGCCUUAGAUUGCUACCGUCUUAGUAUUUCUUGCAAUGAAAUUACAAUGUUAAUUCAUGUAAAGCACAUAUCCUGUUUCUCAUAUUUUAAGACAUACCCAUAAAAUAAGCCAUAGCAGGAUUUUUAAGCAUUCAAGGAAUAUAAGACAUACCCCGAAAAUAAGACAUAGUGAUAGGUACAGCAGCAAUGCCGGCCGCGGCAGGAGGAGAAGGAAAAAAAUAAGACAUCCCUUGAAAAUAAGCCAUAGUGUGUUUUUUGAGGAAAAAAUAAAUAUAAGACAUGUCUUAUAAUAUGAGAAACACGGUAGGAAACACAAUAGGCCAGUGGGUGGUUACUCAUAGAAGUUAACCAAGCAGUACUAGACAUAUUCUGUUCUAUGAAUUCCAGAAGUGUGAUACUCUGUUUACUCAGACUAGUCCCAACACAGUCAGUAAGACAGCUUCAAAAAAUGUGGCUCAGGUAUUCUUUAAGACUGCCUUAGUUGAACUCAGUAAGGGUUACUUAUGAAAUGACACACAUAGGUUUUAGCUGUUUGCAAAACAACCACUCCUGUGAGCAAUAGCACAAGCCUCCUAGUAUAUAGAAACAGGUGUGCCUGGCCCCCUCUAGUUGAAUGGCCAGUCAAAGCCAUUCUGGUGUGUGGCCGCUGUCACAUUCUGACUGUUUCUAGGAGGCCACAGAUGAGAGCUGAGUGCAGGGUCAGGACCAAAAGUGAACAGACUACCCUAGAAGGAGCA